AUGCACAACGUGCCGGCGUUCACGCCCAGCAAGAAACUGCGCGUGGUGACCAUCGGGGCCGGGUACAGCGGCAUGAUCUUCGCGCACAAGCUGCAAUACACGUACGGGCCGGAGUUUGCGAGCCUGGUCGAGCACACCAUCUACGAGGCCAAGCCGUGCGCAGGCGGCACGUGGGUGGCCAACACGUACCCGGGCGUGCAGUGCGACGUGCCCAGCCACAUCUACGUGUUCCCGUUCGCGCCCAACCCCGAGUGGUCGCACUUUUACUCGACCGGUCCAGAAAUCCGGGAGUACUUCCAGCGGACGGUGCGCGAGUGGAACCUCGACCGCGACGUGCAGUACAACACGACGGUGGAGCGGGCGGAAUGGGACGAAGAGCGGGCGCAGUGGCGUCUAGAAGUGCGGCGGCGGGGGCAGCAGCAACACAACGACGGUGAUGCCGCCGAUGCCAACUCAAGCGAAGGCACUGACACUUCCACUGACACCCGCGUCGAAUGGGCCGACGUGCUGGUGUCGGCGCGCGGCAUCCUCAGCCACUGGCGAUGGCCCGACAUCCGCGGCCUGCACACGUACCGCGGCCACAAAGUGCACAGCGCGGCGUGGGACCACACGUUCGACUACUCGCACAAACGCAUCGGCUUGAUCGGCAACGGCAGCAGCGCGAUCCAGAUCCUGCCGGAGAUGGCACGACUCGCCAACACGAGGGUGACGUGCUUCCAGCGCACGCCGACGUGGGUGGUGUGCCGACACACGCCGGCCAAGCUGGUGGGCAGCGACGACCCCAGCCCCAACCCGGCGUACCGCGACGAGGACAAGGCGCGGUUCCGCGGCGACCCGGCCGCGCUCAAGGAGUACCGCAAGCGCAUCGUCGGCAACGUCAACCGCGGGUUCCGCAUCUUCGAAAAGGCGUCGCCCGAGCAGGCCGAGAUCCGCGCCUUCGCCACGCGCCAGAUGGCCGAGAAGCUGGGCCACGACCCGCGCCUGUGCGCCAUGCUGAUCCCGGACUUCGAGGUCGGCUGUCGCCGCGUGACCCCCGGCAACGGCUACCUCGAGGCCUUUACGCGGGACAACGUCGCCCUCACGCAGAGCCACAUCGACUACGUCGACGAACGUGGCAUCCGCACGAUGGACGGCCAGUACUACGAGCUGGACGUCAUCAUCUGCGCCACGGGCUUUGACGUGUCGAAUGUGCCGCCGUUCCCCAUCGUCGGCCGCAACGGCACCGAUCUGCGCGACAAGUGGAGGUAUGAACCAGAGUCGUACCUGUCCGUCGCCUGUCCCGAAAUGCCCAACUUCUUCAUGUUCAUGGGCCCCAACGCCACCAUCGGCCACGGCUCGCUGAUCUACAGCCUCGACUGGACGGCCGAGUGGAUCGUGCAGUGGCUGCGAAAGCUGGCGAGGGAGGACAUCGCGUCCGUGGCCCCCAAGCAAGACGUCGUCGACGAGCUGGUGCGCUACGGCGAUGAAGUCAUGAAGACGCUGACCUGGACGGGGAAUUGCCGAUCAUGGUACAAGAACAACCGCAUCGACGGGCGCGUGACGGCCACGUUCGCCGGCAGCGCCAUGCUCUUCCGCGAAAUGGUCGAGACGAUCCGGCCCGAGGAUUUCGACCUGCGGUAUCGCUCGAGGAAUCGCUUCCGCUUCAUGGGGAAUGGCUUCACCAAGUUUGAGCUGACUGACGGGGUCGAUCUCGCGUGGUACGUAUGA